AGGCGUGGAAGUGGGAUUCGACGGGACAGACUCUCCGCGACUGACUGGUCUCUGACUCUCUGAGAUCGAGAUUCCCAUAUCGAUCCCAGAGACGCGGAAGAGGCGAUCUCGGUGACCGCCAUGGACGGAGGAGCAAGAGAUUGGGAGCGCUCGGAGGUGCAAGACGACAACAACGCAGAUGAAGAAGAGGAGGAGGAGGAGGAAGAAGAAGAAGAUUCGUCGCUGGGGCUGGUGAUGCCGCUGUCCCCGGACGUUUUCGAGAAGGAUCGACACGUGAUGUUCCUGGAGAUGAUGUACGAGUUGCUUCCUUACCAUUACCAAUCGCAGGAGAUCAAUCGCCUUACGCUCGCUCAUUUCGUUAUCUCCGGCCUCCGCUUCCUCGGCGCGAUAGACCGUGUUGAUAAAGAUGUAGUUGCAAGUUGGGUUCUGUCCUUCCAGGCGCGCCCUGGUUAUAGCGCUGCCCCAGACAAUGGACAAUUAUAUGGUUUCCAUGGUUCUCGGAGUUCUCAGUUUCCUGUGGAUAAAAAUGGGGUAUUGACUCACAAUGGCAGUCACCUCGCAAGCACGUACUGUGCCUUGGCAAUACUGAAGAACAUUGGCCAUGAUUUCUCGAACUUCGACUCUGAGUCAUUGUUGUUGUCUAUGAGAAAUCUCCAACAGCCUGAUGGCAGUUUUAUGCCCAUUCAUAUUGGAGGGGAGAUGGAUCUUCGGUUUGUCUAUUGUGCUGCCGCCAUCUGCUACAUGCUGGAUGAUUGGAGAGGAAUGGACAGAGAGAAGGCUAAAAACUACAUAUUAAACUGCCAGUCAUAUGAUGGUGGCUUCGGGUUGGUUCCAGGCUCGGAAUCUCAUGGUGGUGGUACUUACUGUGCUAUCGCAUCCCUCCGAUUGAUGGGGUUCAUUGAGGAUGAUCUCCUAUCAAAUAAUACAUCAUGUUCAAUCAUAGACCCUUCUAUGCUUCUCAACUGGUGCCUACAGAGACAAGCGAGUGAUGGUGGAUUUCAGGGUAGGCCUAACAAGCCAAGUGAUACGUGUUACGCGUUUUGGAUUGGAGCAGUCCUGAAACUUUUAGGGGCUUCUGAGUUAAUCGACGAAAACUCUCUGCGGGGGUUUUUACUGACCUGCCAAUACAAGUAUGGCGGUUUCAGUAAAUUUCCUAGAGAAUUGCCGGAUCUAUACCAUUCGUAUUACGGGUAUACAGCCUUCGCCCUCUUGGAAGAACCAAGCCUCAAUCCUCUGUGCCCCGAGCUAGGUAUACCCUCGGGUAUCUGACUCAUUCGAGUAGCACUUUCCACAUCGAUAUAACGGAUUGAUUCAAGUCUCAAGUAUAUUCCCACUUUGCGCGUUUUGCACAUUAAUAUCACUGAGAUUGCAAUUCUUCUCCUCGUGUUUUUUUUUCUUUCUUCUGGUGCAUGCUUAAGAUGGGAAGGUUAAGAACGUACCAUUUGCACGGACCCUUGUAGAACCCUCGACCGUAUCCGGUCACUGAUCUUCUCUUAUAGUUAUAGUUGAUGGAUUUCAAGUCCGAGCUUGCA